AGUGGGAUGAUCCAUUAAAGUUUUCACUUCAUUCAAGGUUUGUUCAGUUCAGACUAGAAGCUCGACGUUAACAGAAUAACUAUACCCCGCUGAAUGAAAACAAAUGCAGAUGUCAACGAAUAUGCAAGCGCUGCUGAACUUCCUCAAGCUCUAGUCUAGAGGAAUAUGAACGCGGAAGGUGUUUCCAAACGCAUGCACAAAACGUGAGAGGGCACGAUGGAUGCAAAGGAUAGAGAGCGGCAACGGACACGGAGCGCUUGCAAAAGAACCGAAGGCACCAGUGUCCUGCGCUCGCUCGGCGUCGACAAUAUAGACGAUAAUGAGACAAUGGCAGGCGAGUUGGACCUGGUUAAACAUGGUACUCUUGGACGGCGACUCAUUGCACCGCGAUACAGUUUGCUCCGUGAAAUUGGCAGGGGCAGUUAUGGCGUUGUGUAUGAAGCCAUUGCCCGUAAAUCAGGUGCGAGAGUGGCGGUGAAGAAGCUGCGCUGUGACGCGCCAGAGAAUGUGGAGCUGGCGCUGGCGGAGUUUUGGGCUUUGACCAGUCUGGAGAAACGCCAUGAGAAUGUGGUGCAGUUGGAGGAGUGUGUGCUCCAAAGAAACGGGAUGGCCCAGAAAAUGAGCCAUGGCAAUAAGCGUUCAAAGCAGUAUUUGAGGUUGGUGGAGACCUCGUUAAAAGGUGAACGUAUAUUGUCGUGUCCUGAUGAGCCCUGUUACCUGUGGUUUGUUAUGGAGUUUUGCGAGGGAGGGGAUCUGAAUCAGUUCAUCCUGUCACGACGGCCCGAUCCUCACACCAAUGCCAGCUUCAUGAUGCAGCUCAGUAGUGCUGUGGCAUUCCUGCAUGAAAACAAUAUUGUUCACAGAGACCUUAAACCAGAUAAUAUCCUCAUCUCGGAGCGUUCUGGCAUGCCUGUGUUGAAAGUGGCAGAUUUUGGACUUAGUAAAGUGUGUGCUGGUCUGUCUGCCGGAGUACAGGACACAGAGGAGGGACGGGACGAAAAAAAGAACAGCGUUAACAUCAAUAAGUUCUGGCUUUCCUCGGCUUGCGGCUCUGACUUUUACAUGGCACCGGAGGUUUGGGAAGGACAUUACACAGCCAAAGCAGACAUUUUUGCUUUAGGCAUUAUCAUCUGGGCCAUGAUAGAGAGAAUCACAUUCGUUGACGCCGACUCAAAACGGGAGCUUCUCGGGACGUAUGUACGGCAGGGUUCUGACAUCGUCCCCGUUGGAGAGGCACUUCUGGAGAACCCAAAGAUGGUGUUGAGUAUUCCCCAGCGCAGGCGCUCGCAUAUGCCUGAGGCAAUCCGGAAACUUUUGCAGGACAUGCUGGCAGUCAAUCCUCAGGACCGACCAGACGCACUAGAACUGCACAGCAGGAUGGGACGGGUCACUUACGCAGCGUGAACUCUGACCUAAAUGCCCACACAGGUUUUCCCUUUCCAUACCAGACCAGAAGGGACCACAUUGCUUGGAAAACUGUGAAUCUUCCAUUGCUGAUUUAACGUGGAGAGUAUAAAGUUCUCAACUUGAAGACCAAUACAAAGUUUGCCACAAAUAAGAUUUUCAUCUGAUCGUUCACUUUUUUUGUUUUUGUUCACAGUAGUAAUUUACAUAAAUCAUUCAGCAAGUCCAGAAGUGUUCAGCCUAACUCAAUCAGCAGUUACAUCACUAAGAGUGAACAAUGUUCUGAUGCAGUGAGUACAAUCAAGCUAAAACAAGCAAGCUCUUCAUUAGUCCUACUGAGGGACUGGGACUUUCAAAUUCUGUUCAUGGAGACUUACUUGUUCAUCUUCUCAAAACAAUCUCUUGCCAUAACGAACAAAGAAAUGUAUUCUAGUUAUUUAUUUUAUAUAGUUUUAUGAGAAGUGAAGCUUUCAGUUCUAGUAAGCAAGCAGUUCACAUUAGGCUUCUUUUUUUGAAAACUGCUUUUACACGUAUAAACAUUGUUUACAGUACAAAGACAUACACAAGAUAAUGACUACAUUUUGAGCUUCUGCAUUUUUACAACAUACACUCAUCACAUGUCAUAAAUCAUGUAAUUAACAUAAUCUUACUUGAGUUAAACAUAAAACUCCUUAGAAAUUCCUCUUACACAGUACAAUAACUGAAAUUUCAAGACCAACUUUUAGAACUUGGUUUUCAUUUGCCGUGAAAAUGCUCGUGAUCUUAAGCCUAAAACCAAUAUUGAGAGAUUUUUUUCUCCUUGAAUGCAGAUAUAUCCUGGUGCCUUGAAGUCUAGUGAUAUAAGUGAGAUCUCUUGUAUGUUUUUGUUUUGUUUUAAAGCUUAAUCUUUAAAAAAUGCAGUACAUUUUCCAAGCUUUUAAUCUUUAAACACUUUAUAAAUUAGCCAUGUGCAGUUUACCCAUUCAGGUGCUUGUAUUUACAUUGUGUGAGAUUACCGUUUGGCCAAAAAAUGAUUUAUUCUGGUGCCCCAUUUACAAUGCUGCUGUCACUAAUGAAAAAAUGGUGUGAACAACCCUUGUGCACAGAUGCACACUCAUACAGUUUCAUGGUUUAGUUGUUUUCGAAUCUGACAAAUUAAGAUAUUGAUUUAGUUCUGACUGAAGGGAGAAGUUAAAGACUGUGAGUGCUCUGUGUUUUACAUAAUAAAUUCUACUAAUGCAUUUCCACUUAAAAGCCAACAUUUCCUUUUUGUUAAAUGACUCCUUGAUCCUCUCAAAAGCAGGAUGGGAGCUCAAUAGUGGUACCUUUGCUUUUCAUCUCUUGUCUGAAUUCUUCAUAGAAAAGUAAUUGGUGUGUGUUUCCAGAUGUGAUUUUGCCGGACAGUCUGUGUGUGCUAUAGUUCUACCUCAGCAUUCUUGUGUUUUAGUUACUAAUUCACUAAAUUAACUAACAGUUUUUUCUGUUUUUUGGAGAGACUAGUUAAUAUUUUUCAAAUGGAUUUAUUUAUUAAU